GUUUAUUUAUUGCCCUCGGAGACUGGUUUCAGCUCAUCAGUUACUGCCAAGCUCGGGAGUUUUCCUUGCUUAUUACGGUGCUUGCUUCCUCCGUCAUAUGUGACGGGACUAGGAGCCACUUCCCGGCGGGAGGAUAUCAUACCCAAACCAAUAUUUAGUGGAAGCCGAUGAAAACCACACAAAAACGAUGCUUUCAAGUUCUGAAAAAUCUGGAAAAUAUAUAUAGGAUGUUAGCAGGGUGAUGUUCUAUUGCCGUGCAAAAAUUUCAAACUCAAACAUAUUACGUGAUGUGAGCUAUAAAAAAGACAGAGUUAACAUUGAAUAGUGGCAAACAGUAGCGUCACUAUUUAUUAUUCUAAAUUUGUCUUUUUCAGGGCUCGCAUCCCGCAAUAUGUUUCUACUUCAAACUUCACAUGACAAUAGAACAUCAUCUUCUUAACAUCUUUUUUUUUUUUUAGAUUUUUGAAAACUUUCAAAUGUGGUUGCUCAGAUGUUUUCUUUGAACCGUUGAUUUCCGUAUGAUAUUCAACUUCCCGGCCGCCCUCGAGCCGCGGCUUGUGCUGUGUGGGUCGGGCGACGACGACGACGAUAAUGACGCUUUGAGCGCGUCCGUAAUUUCUAUUUUUCGUACUCUUCUAUGGGCGUCCAACUCGGCUUCUGCCCUUAUAUUUUCGGGGAAAAAAAAGUGAAUCUCGUGUUCUGGUCGACAUCAACUUCUUGGUGUGGUGUGGCACACCAGCGCAUGUCGACCGACGUUGAUGGAUGAACCGACGGUGCCUACACGCGUGCUUGUCUCCGGUUGUGGGCUCACACCAGUGCCAAAAUCUGUCAUGUGCUAGUAUGGAUCCUGCAUCACCUGCAGUACUACUUUGAUGUAAGUCUGUCACGGACAAGUAAGGCCUUCGCCUCUCACUCCUCUCCUAUGCAUUCCUCCUCUCGCUCUGCCUCCCCACAACGAAAAGGUUUGGUUUCCGUUCCACUCCCCACCCCGGCGAGCUUGCCUGCUCCAACUAAUCUCCCUCGACAUUGCCGCGCUUCGUUGGUAGCUCCCGGCCGUGUUUAUCCUUGCUCUGAUUUUGCUGCUCAAUUCAUGGUGUAGGCUUCGACGGUUGCUUGCUUGAUUUGGGCCGGUUCCCGUCGAUCGACUGACUUGGAGCUAUAACUAGUGAGAUCGUCGAUGGGGAAGAAAGGUCUGGUGGUGGUGACCAGCAUCCUCGCCGUGCUGACGGUCGUGUUUGGAGUCAUCAGCGCGGUUCUCUUGGCGCUGAAACAUCAUCAAGAUGACCAUGGCGAGUUCUCUACGUACCGGCGAUCGCCGGCGAUGCCAUGCGGUGUGGUGGCAGCCAUCUUGGCGUCGAUGACGCAGAUUCUUGCCAGCGUGGCCAUCUGCAGUUGUGGGGCAUGUCGGAUGACUAAGGGGGCCAAGCGCAUCGCCGCGGUGGUCUUCUUCAUCACCUCAUGGGUCCUCGCGAUCAUAGCGGUGCUACUAUUUCUGGCGGGCGCCAUGUUGGGAUUUGAAGGCUCUGCAAAGAAAACCGUUGGGAAUGCUAGGAUUGUCGGAGGUGUCGCAAUUUUUGUGAUCGCGACGUUUUUGUUUCUCGUAGUUGCCGCCCUUGAUGUUGCCUCGUACCGCCUAGUUCGGAAGAAGGGCCAGUACCAAGCAUAUGUUGGCAGUAAUCCUCCUUUUGUGCCAUCUAAAGACGCUCCCUACGGUUCUGCUCCUCCACCGCCAAAUCAAGUCUAAGGUUAGCUCUGCCACCAUGGCAUGGUUGUCUUUGCCUUCCAAAGGAGGAACACGUUGUAUGAACUGCGGUAGGUGAAAGGCGUAGGCUACGACCCAUGCAACCAUCUUGCGUGUUUUGUGUGUUUGUUAUGGCUCCACUCAAGUCGUGAGAAAGAAUUCAAAAGUUUAUCUGCAUUGCUUGAAACA